GCAGACUGUACUGAUUAGUGGAUCCUUGAAGCUGGAAGCCCUUUGGCAGAAGAGCUAGAAGAACUGGCCAGUGGGUAGUCAGAAAGCUACUCUGUAAUCCUGAGUCAGCCAGUGCUCAGUCACCUCCGUCUCCGGCACCCAGUGCACAGAAGUGCUUGAUAGCUCUGUCAGCCCUCUGAGAGGAUGAAGCGUUUGUCCAGGGGAGAUCCAAGUCCAGGAGCUGCAAAGGGGCGGGUCCCAUCUACAGGGUGUUGCAGGAGUAGGAGGGGUUAAGUACAUGCAACCUGCCAUCCAUCCCCCUAGCCCUGUACCCGCCUCUUUCCUGUUAUUUCUUUGCCAGAGCAAGAGCCCCCUUGCCCUCUAGGUAGGGGAGCAGCGGGGUUUUCUGAGGGGCAGAUGUCCCCCAGUCCCUGUGCUUGGGGAAGGAAUGUGGCCUGGCUGGCUGGUUGGGAUCGAGGAGGAGCUCUGGGGCAGGGCGGGGCAGGGGCAGGCUGAGGCGAGGGCUCCUGCUGGCACCGCACUCCCAGCUGCUGCGCAGCAAGCUGGCCCAGGCCCCGUCGCCCACUUUCGGGCUGUGCAGCCAUGCACUGGGCGCCGUGACCCCACGGAAGCCCAUGGGGAGCCCCAGACUGGCAGCCCUGCUCCUGCCUCUCCUCCAGCUGCUCACUGGCCUGUCUGCCUCCGCUGGGAUUGGCUGCCCCCUCCUUCCCCGCUGGAGAACCUGCGGUCUGCUGGCCUCACGCAUGGUAAGCGGGCCCUGUGCUUUCAGGAUGGCAGUUUCACUGGAAGGUCUGCCCAGAUUCCUCACCACACCCAGCCGGCCCCUCCCCUCCCCCCAAAGCCUUGGCGCGCCUGGUGGUGCCACUGUCCCCACUGCUGGUGCCUGCAUCUGGGGUCAGGCCCCUCGGGUCUUCAGUGGGGUUGGCUCCACCUCCUAGUGCAGAAAUCCAAAAAGUCUUACAAGUUCUGGUUCUGUAGGAGACACAGGAUGCCAGCGUCUGCUCAGAGGAAGUUGCUGAGUAGCUGCUGCCUGUCUGAGAAGGGUCAUCACAACUCCAGCCCCUCCCCGGAUACCUACCACAAGGGACUGCGCUCCAAAAGAACCCAGCCUGUGGAUCCAGAGGCAGGGGAAGGUCUCUCCAGAUCUAACUCACAAAAGCUUGGAGGACCUGAGUUCUCCUUUGACUUGCUGCCUGAGACAAAGGCUAUUCAAGUGACCAUUCCUCCAGGCCCAGAGGUCAGUGUGCGUCUUUGCCACCAGUGGGCACUGGAGUGUGAGGACCUGAGCCAUCUCUUCAAUGCCCAGAAAAUUGUGCCUGGGGGUCGCACUGUAGACCUGCCUUAUGAAUUCCUUCUGCCCUGUCUGUGCAUCGAGGCAUCCUACCUGCAAGAGGACACCGUGAGGCGCAAAAAAUGUCCCUUCCAGGGCCAGCCUGAAGCCUAUGACUCGGACUUCUGGGAGUCAAUGAACUUCACUGACCACAGCCAGCAUAAUCAGAUGGUCAUGGCCGUGACACUCCGCUGCCCACUGAAGCUGGAGGCCUCCCUGUGCCAGAGGCGGGGCUGGCCCACCCUCUGCGAAGACCUCCCCAAUGCCACGGCUCGAGAGUCAGAGGGGUGGUAUGUCGUGGAGAAAGUGGACUUGCAUCCCCAGCUCUGCUUCAAGUUCUCUUUUGGAAACAGCAGCCACAUUGAAUGCCCCCACCGGACAUUCGCAGUCCCAUCCUGGAAUGUGAGCAUGGAUACACAGGCCCAGCAGGUGGUCCUCCGCUUCUCUUCAAGGACGCAUGUCACCUUCAGUGCUGCCUGGAGCCACCCAGGCUCGGGGCAGGACAGCAUGGUGCCCCCUGUGUACAGCGUCAGCCAGACUCAGGGCUCAACCCCAGUGACCCUAGACCUCAUCAUUCCCUUCCUGAGGCCUGGAGGCUGUGUCCUGGUGUGGAGGUCAGAUGUCCAGUUUGCCUGGAAGCGCCUCUUGUGUCCAGAUGCCUCUCACAGACGCCUGGGGCUCCUGAUCCUGGCGCUGCUGGCCUUCACCACCCUACUGGGAGUUGUUUUGGUUCUCACGUGCCGGCGCCCUCUGUCAGGCCCGGGCCGAGCGCGGCCGGUGCUGCUGCUGCACGUGGCAGAGUCUGAGGCGCAGCGGCGCCUGGUGGGAGCACUUGCUGAACUGCUGCGGGCCGCGCUGGGCGGCGGGCGCGACGUGAUCGUGGACCUUUGGGAGGGCACACGGGUGGCGCGCGUGGGCCCCCUGCCGUGGCUCUGGGCGGCGCGGGCGCGUGUGGCGCGGGAGCGGGGCGCCGUGGUUCUUCUGUGGAGCAGCGCCGGCCCCAGCCCCACCGGCGGCCCGGAUCCUCGCGCUGUGCCCCUGCGCGCCCUGCUCCGCGCCACCCCGCGCCCGCUGCUGUUGCUGGUUUACUUUAGUCGUCUCUGCGCCAAGGGCGACAUUCCCCCGCCCCUGCGCGCCCUGCCCCGCUACCGCCUGCUGCACGACCUGCCGCGCCUGCUGCGCGCCCUGGACGCUCGGACCUCAGCUGAAGCCACCACCCGGGGCCGCGUGGAGCUGUGCCGCAGGCUGGAACUGGAGGCCGCCAAACUUGCCGACCAAGGCUGAACAGAACUCAGCGCAGUCGGGAUGUCUGUGGCUGCGGGCGUAGGGGAGCUGGCUGGAACCCCCUCACUCGGCGUUCCCGCUUGCUCCCCACGUCCCCCCGUGUCCAACCUCUUCCUCCUGCUCAUGCUUCCUCAGAACCCUCAGGGAGAGUCUCUCUUUACUGAGAACUCCCUUGACCUCAGUCCUGCGGUGGGUGGGGAUCAUCACACUUCCUCUCUCCAGAAGUUCCAGAGAAUCGUGCACGUAGGCUCCAGUCCACACCGGAGAGGUUGGGACAGGGCUUGGGGAGGCAGAAGAGAUGGCAUUUCUGACUGGGAGGCGCCUCCAGACGGCGU